GCUACGUGUCGCCGCUCCUCUCCCACCUCUCGCCGCUUCUUCUUCUGUGUGUGUGUGUGUUCGAACCCCUUCCCAUGGCGAACGCGCUCCCGAGACUCCUCCGCCGCCACCGCCGCCGCAUCCUCUCUCCUCCUCUCCCCCGAUCCCAUCUCCUCCCCUCCAACCCCGCCCCGAUCGAAGCCCUAAUCACCAACCCCCUCCUUCGCCGGUACUCGGCGGGGUUCACGAGCGUCCAUGGCGAGAGGCCCUCGGCGGAGUACGCGAGGCUGCGCAAGGAGGCGCUGGAGAGCGAGUUCGGCCACAUCCUCGGCGCCCGCUCGAGGACGAUCUUCGCCUUCCACCGCUUCGGGCCCUUCCUCGCCCUCUACCGCGCCGCGAUAAUCUCCUUCCAGGUCGCCAAGCUGACCGUGUGGCACUUCGUCCUCCAGGACGUGCGCAAGCGCGCUGAGAAGUUCCGGGAGACUUUGAUACGCUUGGGCCCUUUUUAUAUCAAGCUCGGGCAGGCUCUAAGCACGCGUCCUGAUAUAUUACCUAGUGCUUAUUGUCGAGAGCUCUCCAAAUUACAGGAUCAAAUACCGCCAUUUCCUACCCGUGUUGCGAUCAAGUCUAUUGAGUCUCAAUUGGGCUCUCCAAUUUCUGAAUUAUUUGUGGAUAUUAGCAGAGAGCCCAUUGCUGCAGCAUCCUUGGGGCAAGUAUACAAAGCUCAUCUACACACUGGAGAGCUCGUCGCUGUGAAAGUGCAGAGACCUGGUAUGACAGUCUCUCUGACCCUCGAUGCACUAUUGUUUGAUAUGAUUGGAGGGCAGCUGAAAAGGUUUGCUAAGGCUCGCAAAGAUUUGUUGGGAGCCGUCAAUGAGAUGGUUAGACACAUGUUUGAUGAGAUUGACUAUAUUCUAGAAGGACGAAAUGCAGAAAGAUUCGCUACUCUCUAUUCUAAUUCUGCCAGCGCCGAGGGCAAGUCUAGAAGAGGGACGGCCGUCAAAGUCCCAAAGAUAUAUUGGAAGUACACACGUAAAGCUGUGCUUACCAUGGAAUGGAUAGAUGGGAUUAAAUUAACCGACACAGAUCGUAUCAAUGAAGUCCGUUUAGAUCGGAAACGGUUAAUUGACCAGGGACUCUAUUGCUCAUUGAGGCAACUUCUUGAAGAGGGGUUCUUUCAUGCUGACCCACAUCCUGGAAAUCUUGUUGUUACACUUGAUGGAUCUCUUGCAUACUUUGACUUUGGUAUGAUGGGAGAUAUUCCCCGGCAUUAUCGUGUUGGACUUAUCCAAGUGCUUGUACACUAUGUUAAUCGUGAUUCAUUGUCUUUAGCAAACGACUUCCAUUCUUUGGGAUUUAUUCCUGACGGAACAGAUUUACAGUCAGUGGCAGAUGCCUUAAGCACAUCCUUUUCUGCUCGGAGCAGACAAUCAAAUGACUUUCAGGGCGUAAUGAGGCAGUUUUACGAUGUUAUGUAUGAAUUUAACUUCUCCCUGCCUCCUGAUUAUGCACUGGUGAUAAGAGCACUGGGAUCCUUAGAAGGAACUGCUAAAGCAUUGGAUCCUGAUUUCAAGGUCAUCGAGAGUGCAUAUCCUUUUGUCAUUGGGAGGCUUCUUGCGGACCCUAACCCUGAUAUGAGGAAAAUACUGCGUGAGCUCCUUAUUCGUAAUGAUGGUUCCAUCCGAUGGAAUCGCCUUGAGAGACUGAUCGCAGCUAUUUCUGAGGAGUCCUCAGAAUCAACGAAUGAAACUGCUAGCGAUCCCGGGGUGAAGUCUAGUGAGGCACCCGGAUGGAAAUCCUUCGACAUGCGUUCAGUUGUUGCUGCCACAGAGGAUCUUCUUUGUUUCAUUUUCUCAGAUAAAGGCUGGAGGGUCCGGGUUUUUCUCAUUCAGGACAUCCUGAAGGCUUCAGAUGCUUUCCAAGAAGAAGCCUUUCCAUGCAUAUUCGAGGCACAAGAAACUAUGGAGACACCUGAUCCUGAGAGUGCGGUGAUAACCAGACUAGUGAAUGGUUUCCACUCUAUACGGCAAGCCGUUAGGUCAGCUCCAGAAGUGUGGACUGCGAUGCUAAUACGGAUGUUGCUGAGGCGCGAGGUACAUAAAUUUCUUUUCGAUGUUUUUACCGCAUUCGCAAUCCAUUCCCGGAGUAAGGUACUGGAAAAAUUUUGGCUUUGUCUGUCGAGGUUUCUCCACUAUUUGGAGAAGCAACAAGAAUUGCAAGAUUCAUCAAAUAUUCAGUAAGAUUGGUUUUUCGUUUUUUGUUUGUU